UGAGCUGCUCCGUGUAUCUCCUGGUCUCCUUCCCUCAGACCUCAUCUCUCCGUUAGCUAGCAGACCCAGAGGACGUGUAGACCAGCAGCCCAAUGGAGCAGACAGUGGUGCUGAUCACAGGAUGCUCCUCGGGGAUAGGCCUCAGUCUGGCCGUCCGGCUGGCCUCGGAUCCAGCGAAAAUGUACAAAGUCUAUGCCACCAUGAGGAAUCUUGCCAAGAAGGAGCGUCUGCUGGACUGUGUGAAGGGCCUGCACAAGGACACCCUGGACAUCCUCCAGAUGGACAUCACUGACCAGCGGUCCAUUCUGGAUGCCAGGGACAGGGUCAGGGAGAAGAGGGUGAACAUUCUAGUGUGUAAUGCUGGUGUGGGGUUGAUGGGGCCGCUGGAGGCCCAGUCCCUGGCCACCAUGAGGCAGAUCCUGGAGGUCAACCUCCUGGGCACCAUUAGCACCAUCCAGGCCUUCCUACCAGGGAUGAAGGCCCAGGGCCAUGGACGUAUCCUGGUCACUGGCAGCAUCGGUGGGCUACAGGGACUCCCCUUUAAUGAGGUGUACUGUGCCAGUAAGUUUGCAGUAGAGGGCGCCUGUGAGAGUCUGGCCAUUCUCCUGCAGCACUUCAACAUCCAUGUGAGUCUUAUUGAGUGCGGCCCUGUCAACACGGAUUUCCUGGACAACCUGCAGAGGGCAGAGCCAGGGGACUCUUCGCUGCAGCAGGUCGACGCCCACACACUCAGCCUCUAUGACACGUACCUGCAACACUGUGGGAUGGUGUUCCAGAACGCAGCUCAGGACACAGAGGAUAUUGUGAAGGUAUUUCUGGAUGCCAUCCAGUCAUCGAACCCUGCAUUCAGAUACUACACCAACAAUGCCCUCAUUCCGCUCAGCAGCCCUAAGAUCUCAGCACUGGACGGGUCCCAGUACAUCAGAAAUAUGAGCAAGAUCAUCUUCUCAACCAAUGGGAAAGGGGAACAGAAAUAGCCAUCAAACUAUAUAAUAUAAUAUAACCCUUUACUUUAUACAAUCAGUACCAGUCAACAGUUUUAGAACACCUAUUCA